AUGAAAACGUUUUUCGCCUUUGCUGGAUCUCCACAGUACAAUAAAAAUAAUCAAAAACCGUGUAUUGGUCAAAUGGACGUGAAUAAAAUAUCUCUUGGUAAUACAAUAAUUCACGAAGAUAGUAUAUCUGACAACGUAUUUAGUCAAACGACCUCAUAUAAAGAUAAAAGUAACACAGACAAAUACUGCACACGAAUUGAAGAAAUGCAAAACAAUAAGCCAACAUUCGAUAAAAUGAAGAACUCAGAGUUUAACAACAACAAUUCAAUACAGUCCACAGAAGACACCGUUUGUUCGUCAGUUACUUCUUUGAGAGAAAAAUCAACUGGAGCUUUAAGGCUGAUGAAUCACUUUGGAGAACCACAUUUAAUUAAUCCAACAACAGAAAUAAAUGAAGUCUUAAAUUUCUCCACGCUCAUUUCUAACUCUACAUUAUGGUUGACACAUUUGAUGAAAAACCAGUCGUCAAUACCUCCACCAACAUAUCCAGUGAGGUGGUUAAUUGGCAAUUCCUCUACUAAUCAACUUAACAGAGAAAUUUCAAACCCUAAGUCUCAUUCAGCUUUGCGAAACAAUGAAAGUCAAUCGGAAGAUGAUAAGCUGAGAUUCAACUUCAUGAGUAAUGAUAUGCAACAAUUUGCAGAUAAAGCAUUCAUUCCUUUUGUGAAGAAUAAAUCCUCGAUGGAAGCUGACCAUAUGAUUGGCCAAUCAAACUCAAAUGAACCAGAUAUAUAUACAUGUUCUGAGUCAUAUAACUUGCCUAAACCAGACUCAACAUCUGAACACUCUGCAACUGUAGAAAUAAAUGAAUUCACUACAAAAUUUCGGGAUAUCAAACGUGUUAGUCACAACGGAUUGUACUGUAUCGUUUGUGGAGAUAUUAGUAGUGGAAAGCACUAUGGUAUCUUAGCGUGUAAUGGGUGUAGUGGAUUUUUCAAGCGUUCAGUAAGAAGAAAACUCAUAUACAGGUGUCAAGCGGGUAACGGCUUAUGCAUAAUUGAUAAAGCACACAGGAACCAAUGUCAAGCAUGUCGACUGAAAAAGUGUAUACGUAUGGGAAUGAAUAAAGAUGCUGUCCAAAAUGAACGCCAGCCAAGAAACAGUUCUCAGUUUAAUGCUCAUGGUUAUACAACAAGUAAACGUCAAAACUUCGGGAUAUCACAUUCACCAGAUGAUAAAACGUUCCAUUCUACAUGCGAUAACCAUCAGUGA